AUACUACAGGAUUGCCCAAUUGAACUGCAAACUUUGGACCGCAGACGAAUCUCUACCAUCCCUUCACCCAACAUGGCCAAAGCUGAGUCCGAUCUCAGAUCCAUGCUCGAUGGCGGCUUCGAUCCUCACCGGUUCCCCUGGUAUGAGCCUGAGCUGACCGAGGCUCCUGAGCCUGCAAAGACUCUUCUCGAGAAAUACAGCAAAAUCCCGUCUGAGCAAGUGGUCGACCAUGUGAAGAAAGUGAGAGAUCGAGCAUUCGCUGUGUUCCCAUACCCUUGUAUCGGAUCAUUCCGAUUUCUCGAUUUGAGCAUUCCACAAUCACCACUAUACCCAGAGGUCCUUGAUAGACUGAAGUCCGGCCAGAAACUGCUCGAUGUCGGAUGUGCAGUGGGGCAAGAGCUGCGUCAACUGGUCUUCGACGGCGUUCCACCUGAGAGCCUCUAUGCCUCGGAUUUGCGCCAAGACUUCUAUGACAUUGGGUACGACCUUUUCAACGACCGUGAUCAUCUCAAAGCCCAGUUCAUUGUGGCAGAUAUAUUCGACGACAAUUCCGACCUAGUCAAGAACCUGACCCACAAGAUCGAUAUUGUGAACGCAGCUUCCUUCUUCCAUCUUUUCAACUGGAACCAGCAGGUCCUAGUUGCGAAGCGGCUCGUCGGGUUACUCCAGGAUAGACCUGACUCCCUUCUAAUCGGGCGGCAGAUCGGUCUGGUGAAUCCUCCGCCUCCGGAAGAUGAGGAAGCCGCUGGGAAGCACUAUCGCCAUGACUCUGCUACGUGGAAGAAGCUCUGGGAGCAGGUUGGUGCUGAAACUGGGACGAAAUGGGAGGUUGAGGCUAGAAUGGAGAAGUGGGCUGGGCCAGAUAAGACGAUGAAGGACUACCAUGAGGGGAUGGACACUUUCAAGCUGAGGUUUAGUGUUCGGAGGCUGUAG